CAGCGCAGCGGCCGUUUGGUCCUGCCCCUGUGGGCGGUGUGACCUAACGGGGAAGGAGAGCCGUGUUUCUCUGCCUCCGUCAUUGUUCAGAAGGUGUUUUCUCCCCAUCAAGACGGAGAGGGCUCUCAAGACAUUUUCCGAAACUCAAAUCAAUCAGGAUGUCCCGGGAGCAGCAGGCGGUGGCUCGUGCCAGGAAAGCCUUUGAAACAGGCAGGUCAAAAUCUCUAGAUCACCGGAUCCGCCAGUUGAAGAACCUGCAGAAGUUGUUCGUUGAGAAACAGAGCGUGAUUUCAGAUGCCAUCAAGAAAGAUCUCAAUAAGAGCGUAUUGGGAACCCAGCUGUAUGAGACUCUGGGCUUGGAGGGGGAGAUCAACCUGGCCAUCAACAAGCUGAAGGAGUGGGCGGCCCCUCGGCCCGUGGAGAAGAACCUGGUGACCAUCUCGGACACCCUCUACAUCAAGCCGCAGCCGCUGGGGGUGGUGCUUAUCAUCGGGGCUUGGAACUACCCCUGGGCUGUCACCAUCCAGCCGCUCAUAGGAGCCAUCGCUGCUGGUAAUGCAGCUGUGGUCAAGCCCUCCGAGGUCUGUGUUCACACGUCAAAGGUCAUGGAGGACCUGCUGCCGCUUUACAUCGACAAAGAGCUUUACCCCGUAGUAACCGGAGGAGUGUCAGAGACACAGGAGCUGCUGCGUCAGAGGUUCGAUCACAUCUUCUACACCGGCAACAGUAUAGUGGCCAAACUGAUCAUGGAGGCUGCUUCCAAAUACCUGACGCCUGUCACCCUGGAGCUAGGCGGCAAGAGCCCCUGCUACAUCGACAAGAACUGUGACAUAACCAUAGCCUGCAGGCGUGUCGCCUGGGGAAAGUACACUAACUGUGGUCAGACCUGCAUCGCCCCCGACUACAUCCUGUGUGAGCCCAGCAUCCAGGACCGGGUCAUUGCAGAGGUCAAGAAGGCAAUAAAGGAGUUCUACACAGACAACCCAAAGACCUGUCCUGACUACGGUCGCAUCAUCAACCAACGCCACUUCAAGAGGAUAAUGAACAUGUUGGAUGACAGCACCGUCGCUGUAGGAGGAGACAACGAAGAGUCAGACUGCUACAUAGCCCCCACAGUUCUGCGGGACGUGAAGCCAGAGGCGAAGGUGAUGCAGGAGGAGAUAUUUGGACCUCUGCUUCCCAUCUUAUCGGUCAACGGUCUGGACGAAGCAAUCAAGUUUAUCAACAAGGGAGAGAAACCACUGGCCCUCUACGUCUUCUCAUCCGAUAAAAAGGUGAUAAACAGAAUGACAGAGGAGACCUCCAGUGGAGGACUGCUGGCUAACGACUGUCUCGUACACUUUUCUGUCAGCUCUCUGCCUUUCGGAGGAGUGGGAAACAGCGGUAUGGGUUGCUACCACGGCAAGUUCGGCUUCGACCAGCUGAGCCACCUGCGUGGUUGUCUCAUCAAACAGCUGAAGAUGGAAGGUGUGAACAGCAUGCGCUACCCGCCUCACACACUCAAGAAACUGGGCUGGGCUCGCUUCUUCAUCAUGAAGAAUGUGGACCUGGGCUGGAUUGGGCGGAUGGCGCUUUUAGCCGUCCUGGCUGUGGUGGCUGCUGUUGUGCUACAGAAUUAUCUCCACUGAAGACAUCCAACUGAUCCCCAGACAACAAGUGCCAGAAAAGAGCUGCAUGAAUUUCAAACCAUUUCAUCAACGAGUUUCAUUCAGAUGAGCAUCUGCACAGCACCGCUGUCACACAGAGUUUAUUUAGAGUGUUGCCUUUAUCCAGUUUCAUGUAGCUCACUGCAGCAAGCUUCUUAAUUUCACAAAAGUAAUGAUUUAGUCCUAUGGAUGCAUACUUACAUCAUUUUUUUAAAAUCAUGUUAUAUAUAUAUAUUUUAAAUGUACAAUUUAAUGCUGGGAUUCCGCCGAUGAAUGCUUUUAAAUGUGUAAGACUUCCUGUGAUAUGAAGACAAGACGAGCACCAUUUGCUAACAAACAAGUAAUGUUUACUGAAGGGCUGAAAAAAAUGAAGUUAGUUGCAAUUACUGCGUAAUGAAGCUGUUUUUAUUGUGUAGGAUUUACCUACAGUUCACUUUGUGUCCAUUCCUUUUCAAUAAUGGUUUAGCCAUUACCUUAACAUUCAGCCUGAAGGCUGUGUAGGUUUGUUGUUUUGUUCAGCGUGACAACAGAGACGCAGAGUUGACUGAAACCUGUUAGAAUCAAACAGGAUUAUUUGAAGGAUGUCUUUAAAAAAAACAAACAAAUGCCUGUAACAAAUUAAAGCACCCUUGUAAAUUGUUAGGUCAUUUUAAAACAACAGUUGUUUUGUUUAGUUAUCACACCAUUAACAUGUGAAGGGAUUUGUAAUUAAUAGUUGAAUAAAUACAUGUAUCUAUUGAAUAAAUACUCAAAUAAAUAUAUUUCUACAUGUA